AUGGAGAAAACCACAAAGCUGGCAGACCUGAAGCUCGUCAACAAAUAUUACCCAUCCGUAUCCAACUAUUCAUAUCCUAGGCACGAUGCAGCUACAACACACCGCUGCGAGCAACCGGACACCGGUCGCUCUUCAGUGGGCUCGGAAUGCUCUGUGCCCGAGAUGGUCGAGGAUCAAGAGUCGGACAUCUCGAUAGAGGACACCAAUCAGUCUCACAUAGCAGGCGACGAGACUUUUGAUUCUUUCUGGGAGGAUUCCGAGUCUUUCUGGGGCAUCGAAGCGGGAGAAAAGAGCAACGCGGUGCUCAUCGGCCCGAUCACCCACUCAGCAGCACUUCAACAACAAGACGCCAGCAGCACAGUGUCGGAGGAAGGUCGGCACCAUUCCCCACAGAGCAGCUUGCAGGACGUCAAAUAUGAUGCCGAGCCGUGCUGGCCCCUGGUAGCUGCCGAGCCUUCAGUCGCACCGAUACCGAGACCAUCCAAGCCCAGCUACUCUCUGUUUCCGCCGCCGACAGCGCAAAACGGUCUGGUACUUCGGCGGCCGGCCGGGCAAAUGAAGAGCGACGUCCCAUGGGAUGCGCGAAAACAGCUCCCAUCAACUGUGGCGUUGUCUCUUCCAAACAGACGCAAGAAGCCAAGGAAGCUUCACCUCCCGGCCUCGGACGGUGCGAUCAGCUAUGACAGCUCGUUGUUGACGCAGUCGGCCCCCGGAACGCCGACCUUCCUGGUAGCUUCGCCCACGGCUGUCGCCUUUUCCAGACGAAGCCAACAGACGCUUCCCUCGCAGAGAAACUUCAGUUUAUCAAGGACUCAUUCAGAUAUUAAACUGGUCCACGACACGCCCGGCGAUUGCUCCUCCCAAACCCCGACAACGCAACUUUCCAUACCAACACAAUCCUCCGACGUGCCUCGUGGCCGUCAAAAACACCAAAGGACUCAAUCACAACUGCGGCAGUCUAUUUCCGCCGCGGACAUCCCCUCGACGCCAAGGAUGACGCCGUCGCCCGUUGACAGCACGGCACCACCACAGACCCCAUCCGGUGCCUCACGGCCCACCACGCCGCUGACACAGCAGACGGUGAUGCCCGUGUCGGUCUUCGACUUCGACUCGGACUCGGAAUCCGACACGGACAGCGCCGCCAACUUCGCGCGGCGGAUCGUCAAGAACCUGACACCGCACAAGCGUUCCCGCAGCGCAUCAGCUGCGCCGCGCUCGCGCAAGGGCAGCGACAUCGCGAAGGAGCAGCUGAGGCGGAUACGCGCCGAGACGGUCGCGUCCACGGGGGACGUCACGCCCACCACGGCGGAGGGGCCCGAGGCAGAGGACAAGGAGAACGAGUGGCCUGCCAUGCCGGUCCUGAGGAAGCAGAAAAGCGAGGUCUUCGGGACUAUCUUUGGGCGGAAGCGGUGA